GCGUGUGAGACAGUGGUGGGUGUGUUGCACUGGAAUGACAUCGCUUUGGCCAUAAUGCUUGACAGACCGGCUAAUACUCCUGAUAAUAAUAAUAAUAAUAAUAAUAAUAAUAAUAAUAAUAAUAAUCUUAUUAUUAACAAUAAUAAUGAUUAUAUAUUUUGUAUACUGCCGUAUACCUGACAUACUGAAAUCCAUGUUGGAAUUUGUUUUAUUCAAUUACUUUUUCUAAAUAAUAUUAGUCGUCAUCAUAGUAAUGCCAUUGAUUUUUUUUUAAAAAACAUUGUGUGUUUUCAACUUUAAGGGUUUUUCCAACCCAAAUAAAAUAUAAUUACUUUUAAAUUUACUGUCACUUCUCACUUAAGGUUUUUUUUGACAUGCUUUUGUGGCAUAAUGCAAUUAUGUGAGCGUGUCACGGACCAUUAAGAAAACACUUUAUUUCAUUGAACUAAUUCUCAAGUAAUUAGAGACGCAGUAAAAUUCAUCUUGAUAUAAAUGUCAGUGCAAUUUAGUGGCUCUUCUUUAAAUGGGAAUUGAUUCUCCAAAAUAUUGUUGAAGCAGGAGCGGUGAUGUUUUGACUUGACUCUUGACGGCGUCUCCAGUCCCUGGUACGGCCCCUAGUGGCAAAAAACAUAUCAUUUAUUAUUCCAGUCGAAUUUAAUUUAAAGAUUUAAACAUAUUUACACCCGUGUGAUCAGUGCAAUUAUAAUAUGAUAAUAAAAUAGAUGUAUUAAUUGUGAAAAAUUGUACGUUAUGUGUAUCGUCUACGAUAUUAGUUUUAUGCCAAAAGUUUAAACCUGACAGUUUUUGUUUAAAUUUAUUCCGCAGCAUAUCUUUUUAGUAAUUAUGUGUGUGUGCAACAACAAACCAACACGGCGUGCUACAUUAGUGCACCCAUUCCAACAUGGGGGCUUUUACAAAUACUCCAAGGGAGCCGCAGUGCUUGCUUUUUUUUCUUCCUUUUUUUUUUGUCAAACAACGGCUUUAAUUCACGAUGAUUGUGGAUGCAGGGCCAUUCCCGGCCUGGCUGGGGCCCGCUUUCAGGGAGCCGCAGGUCCCCGCUGUUCCUUUAUUAUCAUAAGCAGAUUAGAGGUAGCGGGGAACACACUCAGACAGCAUGCAGAUAUGCAGAUAGCAGCCGAGCGGCCCAUUUCAACCUUGCAUUAUAAUACUGCGAGCUGCAUGUGUCGCCUCUUGCAGCCUAUUAAGAGCAAGAGGCGUCUUAUGUAAGGUUGCCAUAAUGAGCACACUGGGGCCUUGCUCUUCCGUUUAAUAUCAAAUGGCUAAAACAAAAUAACGAGGCUUGAUCUAUUCACGUCCAAUUACGAUUUGAUCUACAGACACUCCUUUUAAUUAAAUCAAUCCAGGUGUAUGUAUUAGCUAUGGAGUCCUUGCAGAUCAAGUGUUUUUUGUACCUUAUUUUGGUCAAAUUGAUCAUGGUUUUAUUUGUUUGGACAUCCCAUGUGUACACUUGCACCAUUCGUCAUAUAGGAAAAGGAGUUGGAAAAAGCAAAACUUAUUUAAUCAUAGCCCUUCUCCACGUCUAUGACAGAUAAUUCAUGUGUUUAACAUGCUGCAACUUACAAUAAUUCAAUUUUUAAACACUUUUGUCAUUUAACUUUGCUUCACGUACUGUGUUUAGGUGUCCGUUGUUUGAUUGGCCCACGUGGACACGAAAAUGAACCCUUUUUUGUAGCUAAAUGCAAUAAAACUUUUCUUGUAGUUCUUCAUGUGGCCAGUAGACGGCAUUGGUGCCACGCAGCACUCAGACGGGAGAUUUAAAAAGUGUCACCAGUUGAGGCUGCACAGAAAGUUUGUACAAAAAAAACCCCCAUAUGCUUGAAUUAUUUAAAUUAAAGUGUGUGAGGCUGGCCUCAUGUGGUGAUAUCUAGUUUUCGGUUUUGGUUUAAUUGAAAACAUAAAGACAAGCGGGUGUACGUUGCUUUUCACCCGCCAAGUGGCUGAUUGGCUGAGCUUUGCCUUUACUCCAAACACACUUUACCUUAAAAAUAUUCCUCACUUUUAUUACUCGUCCACUUGUAAAGCCUCUGCACGCCGUGUGCAACAGCACCCCUGCAAAGCCCCCCAACAACAACAGCAGCACUGUGGCAGUGGAAGUGGAGUGGAGUUGUGUCUUUGUUCGGACAGAUGUAGCGACAACAUCCCACACAAAACGCGCGUAUUUGUGCUGAGAUGAGCCCGUCUGCCUUCUGUGUGUCGGCAUUCAACUUCGCUAAACAAAAGGGCUGCAUGGGAAAACAUCUUGGAUUACCUUUUACUCUUUUCAACGCUAAAAAGCAACAAGCAACCCCCUCCCCUGCACACAUUCACACAGCAAUUCAAUGCUUUGAGUUAACUAACAAAGUUUACUUAAGUGUUGUUAUGUUAUUGGGGUUGUAAGUGGGGGCAUUAGUGACGUUUUGAUAUUGAACUACUGGCACUUGUAAGAACAAUUACACCUUAACAUUCAAGGCCUACUGACACCAUUCAUUUCAGCUCUUCUCGUGUGACUUUUUAGGGCACUUUGAUUCAUUACAAGAAUUUUGUGUGUGUCGAAAUAUAUCUUUAAGUGGUAUUCGUUUUCCAAUGUAAUAUUUUGAAUUAAUCGCUAACUUUUUUUCAUUUUUUUUUAAAUUAUGGAACGAAAAUUAUGUUUAAAUAGCCUAAUAUAGCCAAGCAAAUGCAGAAGUGCUUCACAGCAUUAUCUGCAUAAUGUUGGGAAAGUGCGUUCACAUGUAUGUAUUAUUAUUGCGUAUGAAAUACUAAAUAUGUACUUUGCAUUGGCUCAUCCAGGCAGCUUCAGGGUGAGUGCCUUUUCUCAGGGCACAACAAGCCACGCCCCUUUAUGCUAAUUAGAGCCUCCCAUUGGUGUGUCAGGGGAGCGAGCCGGCUGUGAUUGGCCAGGUCGAGGCCAUUUAUUUGCUGACAGCCGCGUCACUUGAAUGGUUGUCUAUUAACUUGUUCCAAAACUAUCUGGACUUGUCAGGGCUCGGGCGUACAGGGAAGAAAAAGUAGAGUUUGUUGAUGCUUUUUUGCGUCGAGAGAAGAAGUUUUGUGGACACAACAUAGCGGGGACCUUUUUGGGAGAAGGCGCUCUGUGUGUGGCUGUCGAACACACACUCACCGAGCGGCAGAGAGAGAGAGGACGAGUGUGUGUUUGUGUGUGCGUGUGUGUGUGGAGGCUCGGCUUGUUGUAUUUUUUGGGGGGUCCAGAGAAAAAGUUACAGAGAGAAUCGACAGGUAACUUUUUUGGCAGCUCUUCACCUAGCCUCGUCCUGUUGGACUUUGUGUGUGUGUGUUCGAUUUCACCUGCUUGGGAGCGCGCACCGACAAAGCUGUUCCUGAUGUAUAACAUGAUGGAGACAGAACUGAAGCCCCCAGCUCCCCAAACCAACACGGGGGGCACGGGCAACACCAACACGUCCGGAACCGGCGCCAACCAGAAAAACAGUCCGGAGCGAGUCAAGAGACCCAUGAACGCCUUCAUGGUGUGGUCCCGGGGCCAGAGGAGGAAGAUGGCGCAGGAGAACCCCAAAAUGCAUAACUCGGAGAUAAGCAAGAGACUCGGCGCCGAGUGGAAACUUCUGUCGGAGAGCGAGAAGAGACCUUUUAUCGAUGAAGCGAAGAGGCUGCGGGCCCUGCACAUGAAGGAGCAUCCUGACUAUAAGUACCGGCCCCGGCGGAAGACCAAGACCCUCAUGAAGAAGGACAAGUACACCUUGCCAGGUGGGCUCCUUGCUCCUGGUGGGAACGGGAUGGGCACAGGGGUCGGUGUUGGCGUAGGGGCCGGGCUGGGCGGCGGGGUGAACCAGCGCAUGGACAGUUACGCCGCUCACAUGAACGGCUGGACCAACGGGGGGUACGGCAUGAUGCAGGACCAGCUGAGCUACCAGCACCCCGGACUGAACGCGCACAACCCGAGCCAGAUGCAGUCCAUGCACCGCUAUGACAUGAGCGCCCUGCAGUACAACACCAUGACCAGCUCCCAGAGCUACAUGAACGGCUCUCCGACCUAUUCCAUGUCCUAUUCCCAGCAGACCACACCGGGCAUGACCGCCCUGGGCUCCAUGGGGCCCUCAUCGGUGGUCAAAUCCGAGUCCAGCAGCUCCAGUCCGCCUAUCGUCACCUCGUCCUCCCACCGGGCCGCCCCGGGGUGCCAAAGCGGAGAUCUGAGGGACAUGAUCAGCAUGUACCUGCCCGGGGCGGAGGUCAGCGAGCAGACGGCCCAGACCAGACUACACAUGUCCGGCCACUACCAGAGCACCGUGCCCGGGACGACGAUCAACGGCACGCUGCCCUUAACACACAUGAAGCUGUAGAGGAACGGUGUGGGAGAUGCCCUCUUCACUGCUGGAUGAAGUUUGGAAGACGAGAAACUGGGAGUCGCAAUCAAAUGUUUUAUUAUUGCAAUCACAUUUUGUACAGUAUUUAUCAAAGAAACAUUACAAUCAGAUGAAAUUGUUAAAACGGCAAGAGGUUGCAUCGUUUUUUUUCCUUCUUUUUUAUAUAUAUAUAUACAGUAAGUAACUAAGCCAGCUUUGCAGAAAAUAUAAGAAUGAUGCAGAACUAUUGGAGCGAUCAGUUAUGCUCGUAUUUACUGCAUACUUUGGAAAGAAAAGGGACAUAAAACGAAACAGGUAAUACUGUUUUUUUUUCUUUUAAAUUCAAGUCAAUAUUACUAAAAAGUUUUCAUUUCCCCCUGCUCAUGCAUCUUCAAGGUUAAUUUAUAUUCCCGUCUCCCACUUUUCAUCUGUUUGAGGUAUGACGCUUGUGCUCUUUAUUUUCUAUUUGAUUUGUACAAUUUCUGUAUAUUUACUGUGAUAUUUUAUGUUUUUAUCUCAGAAUUCAUUCCUGUAGUUGUAUUUAAACAAAAAACAAAAAACACUGUGGCCUGUACGCAGAAGCCAACCACUACAUGUAUAUACUGAAACUAAUACCAUCCUUAUAACAGCUACAAUUUCAACUGAGUAUAUUUUUUUUCCAAUAUGCAGUUUGAAAAGAAUAAAUUUUGGAAAUUUGGAUACUUGAAA